GAAGCAUGUUGUGACACCCUAUGACACAGAUCCUAUUUGUCCACUCCGGUUCCUACAGCAGCUGAUCUGAAGUGUCCUUGAGAAUAUCACUGCUUCCUCCUUUCAUUGCUCUAACUUUUUUUUGUCGGAUUUCGUGGUGAAACAAGGGAGGAGGUAGGAGGCUAAAAGAGCCUAUUGGAUUCCUUCUUAACUUCCCUCCGUUUUUUGCCUGGCUGUGCUUGUGGUUUUUAUUGAGGGGGGAUUUUUUUACCGGUCCUAGUUUUAGUUUGGAACUAUGGAUGUGGACUGGGAGUUGGGUGGGCAAGAUGGACAAUACACCGACCCAGACCAUGGCUACACUGCUCAGGUGGCUUUCAACUACAACAUGUUGGAAGGCCGAUUUAAACAGCUACAAGAUGAGCGUGAAGCUGUCCAGAAGAAGACCUUUACUAAAUGGGUGAACUCUCACCUCUCCCGGGUGUCCUGCCGCAUCACUGACCUGUACAGGGACUUGAGUGAUGGGCGCAUGCUCAUCAAACUGCUGGAAGUGCUGUCUGGUGAGAGACUGCCCAAGCCCACCAAAGGACGAAUGCGUAUCCACUGCCUGGAGAAUGUGGACAAGGCCCUGCAAUUCCUCAAGGAACAACGGGUCCACCUGGAAAACAUGGGCUCACAUGACAUUGUUGAUGGCAAUCACCGUCUCACCCUGGGCCUCAUCUGGACCAUCAUUCUCAGGUUCCAGAUCCAGGACAUCAGUGUUGAGACUGAUGGAGACAACAAGGAGAAAAGAUCAGCCAAGGACGCCCUGCUCCUCUGGUGCCAGAUGAAGACUGCUGGCUAUCCAAACGUGAAUAUUCAUAACUUCAGCACUAGUUGGCGAGACGGCAUGGCCUUCAACGCCCUCAUCCAUAAGCACAGGCCAGACCUGAUUGACUUUGAGAAGCUGAAAAAGUCCAAUGCUCACCACAACUUGCAGAAUGCCUUCAACCUGGCUGAGCAGCAUCUGGGGCUUACCAAGCUCCUUGAUCCAGAGGAUAUCAGUGUGGAUCACCCUGAUGAGAAGUCGGUCAUCACAUACGUAGUGACAUACUACCACUACUUCUCUAAAAUGAAGGCGCUAAAAGUGGAGGGUAAACGUAUUGGGAAGGUACUUGACAAUGCAAUUGAGACCGAAAAGAUGAUUGAGAAGUAUGAGUCCCUGGCCUCAGACCUGCUGGAGUGGAUUGAGCAGACCAUUAUCAUCCUCAACAAUCGCAAGUUUGCCAACUCUUUAAACGGUGUGCAGCAGCAGCUUCAAGCCUUCAACACAUACCGCACUGUGGAAAAACCCCCCAAGUUUACUGAGAAGGGCAACCUGGAGGUGCUUCUGUUUACCAUACAAAGUAAGAUGAGGGCUAACAAUCAAAAAGUGUACAUGCCCCGGGAGGGUAAACUCAUCUCUGACAUCAACAAGACCUGGGAGAAACUGGAGAAGGCGGAGCAUGAGCGGGAGCUGGCUCUGAGGACAGAGCUGAUUCGUCAGGAGAAACUGGAGCAGUUGGCUCGUCGCUUUGACCGCAAGGCAGCCAUGAGGGAGACCUGGCUGAGUGAGAAUCAGCGCCUUGUUUCACAGGACAACUUUGGCUUUGACCUCCCUGCAGUGGAUGCAGCCACCAAAAAGCAUGAGGCCAUCGAGACGGACAUUACGGCAUAUGAGGAGCGUGUGCAGGCUGUCGUUUCUGUCGCCAAAGAGCUGGAAACAGAGAACUACCAUGACAUUAAACGCAUUGUGGCUCGCAAGGACAAUGUGAUCCGGCUGUGGGAGUACCUUUUGGAGCUCCUGAAGGCGCGGCGCCAGCGCCUGGAGUUGAACCUGGGUCUGCAGAGGGUUUUCCAGGAGAUGCUUUACAUCAUGGACUGGAUGGAUGAAAUGAAAAUGAUGCUGCUGUCCCAAGAAUAUGGGAAGCAUCUGCUCGGUGUGGAGGAUCUACUGCAGAAACACGCACUGGUGGAAGCUGACAUCAGCAUUCAGGCUGACCGAGUUAAAGCUGUGAACAACAAUGCUCAAAAGUUUGCCAUAGACGGUGAUGUCUACAAGCCCUGUGAUCCUCAGGUGAUUCGUGACCGUGUGGCCCAUAUGGAGUUCUGCUACCAGGAGCUGGCCCAGCUGGCUGCCGAGCGUCGCGCCCGCCUAGAGGAAUCACGACGCCUCUGGAAGUUCUUCUGGGAGAUGGCCGAGGAGGAGGGCUGGAUCCGGGAGAAGGAGCAGAUCCUCUCGUCGGAUGAGACCGGGAAGGAUCUGACGGGUGCCAUGCGCCUGCUGAGCCAGCACCGCGCUCUAGAGGACGAGAUGAGUGGCCGUGCCGGCCACCUGCAAAACACCAUUGCAGAAGGCCAGGCCAUGGCUGACGCUGGUCACUUUGGCGCCGCAAAGAUACGUGAGCGCAUUGCUGACCUGCAGGCACAGUGGGCGGCUUUGGAGGAGCUGGCCAAUGUACAGAAAGCCCGAUUGGAGGAGGCUUGCGCUCUCCACCAGUUCCAGGCAGAUGCAGGCGACGUCGAUGCCUGGACCUUGGACGCCUUGCGCAUUGUAUCAAGCGGUGAGGUGGGCCAUGACGAGUUCUCCACACAGGCCCUGGUGCGCAAGCAUAAGGCUGCCUCUGCUGAAGUCGCCAGUUACCGACCAGUGAUCGAUGCACUUCAUGAGCAGGCGGCAACUUUACCGAAGGAGCAGAUCCAGUCGGAGGAGGUCAAGGGCCGUCUGUCAGGCAUCGAGGAGCGCUACAAAGAGGUGGCCGAGCUGACGAGGCUGAGGAAGCAGGCCCUGCAGGACGCCCUGGCCCUCUAUAAGAUGUUCAGUGAGGCAGACGCCUGUGAGGUGUGGAUUGACGAGAAGGAGCAGUGGCUCAAUAGCAUGGAGAUCCCAGAGAAGCUAGAAGACCUAGAGGUCAUUCAGCACAGGUUUGAGAGCCUGGAGCCUGAGAUGAACAACCAGGCAUCACGUGUUGCUGUUGUGAACCAGAUCGCCAGGCAGCUGAUGCAUAAUGGACACCCGAGUGAGAAAGACAUCAAAGCCCAGCAAGAUAAGCUCAACAACAGAUGGAGCCAAUUCAGGGAUCUGGUGGACCAGAAGAAGGAGUUUCUUCAUUCAGCUCUGGGUGUUCAGAACUACCACUUGGAAUGCAAUGAAACCAAGUCAUGGAUCCGUGAGAAGACCAAAGUCAUCGAGUCCACUCAGGAGCUGGGCAACGACCUUACAGGUGUCAUGGCACUGCAGCGUAAACUCACUGGUAUGGAACGUGACCUGGCAGCAAUCGAGGACAAGCUGGGCGACCUACGUGGAGAGGCCGAGCGGCUUGCAGGUGAGCACCCAGACCAGGCCAACGCCAUCACAGGCCGCCUGGCUGAGAUUACUGCUGUGUGGGAGGAGAUGAAGGCCACGCUGCGAAACCGAGAGGAGUCACUGGGUGAAGCCAGCAAGCUGCAGCAAUUUCUGCGUGAGCUGGAUGAUUUCCAGUCAUGGCUGUCACGCACACAGACGGCCAUCGCCUCUGAGGAGACUCCCAACACCCUGGCUGAAGCUGAGAAGCUGCUGGCGCAGCACGAGAGCAUCAAGAAUGAGAUAUGCAACUAUGAGGAGGAUUACCAAAAGAUGCGUGACAUGGGUGAGAUGGUGACCCAGGGCCAGACGGAUGCUCAGUAUAUGUUCCUGAGGCAGCGACUGCAGGCCCUGGACACGGGCUGGAACGAGCUGCACAAGAUGUGGGAGAACCGGCAGAACCUUCUGUCACAGUCUCACGCCUACCAGCUGUUCCUCAGAGACACUAAGCAGGCUGAGACUUUCCUUAACAACCAGGAAUACGUGCUGGCCCAUACAGAGAUGACAACUACACUUGAGGGGGCUGAAGGAGCUAUCAAGAAGCAGGAGGACUUCAUGACCACCAUGGAUGCCAAUGAAGAGAAGAUCAAUGGCGUUGUGGAGGCUGGCAGACGGCUGGCAAGCGACGGCAACAUAAAUGGUGACCGCAUCCAGGAGAGGGCGACAUCAAUUGAUGACAGGCAUAAGAAGAACCGUGAAGCUGCUGUAGAGCUUCUGAUGAGGUUGAAAGAUAACCGGGACCUUCAGAAAUUCCUACAGGAUUGCCAAGAGCUGUCCCUUUGGAUCAACGAGAAGAUGCUCACGGCUCAGGACAUGUCAUACGAUGAGGCCAGGAAUCUCCACAGCAAAUGGCUCAAGCAUCAGGCCUUCAUGGCCGAGCUGCAGUCUAACAAGGAGUGGUUGGACAAGAUUGAGAAGGAUGGGAUGCUGCUGGUGUCUGAGAAGCCAGAGACAGAGUCUGUGGUCAGGGAGAAGCUCUCUGCCCUCCAAAAGAUGUGGGAAGACCUAGAGUCCACCACUCAGACCAAGGCCCAGUGCCUGUUUGACGCCAACAAGGCUGAGCUGUUCACGCAAAGCUGUGCUGACUUGGACAAGUGGCUGGGUGGCCUGGAGGGACAGAUCCAGUCAGAUGACUAUGGCAAAGACCUGACCAGUGUCAACAUCUUGCUCAAGAAACAGCAGAUAUUGGAGAACCAGGUGGAGGUCCGUCAGAGGGAGGUAGUGGAGCUCCAGAGCCAGGCACUUGCCCUCAGCCAGGAAGGGAAGGACACAGAGGAGGUGGACGGCCAGAGACAGGUGGUAGAGCACAAGUUAAAGGAGUUACUGGAACCUCUGAGGAAAAGAAAGAACUUCUUGAUGGCAUCCCGUGAAAUCCAUCAGUUCAACCGAGACGUGGAGGAUGAGAUUCUUUGGGUCGAAGAGAGGUUGCCAAUUGCAACCUCUACAGAUCAUGGUCUCAACCUCCAGACCGUUCAACUGCUUAUCAAGAAAAAUCAGACCUUGCAGAAGGAGAUCCAGGGACACCAGCCCCGCUGCAAUGACAUCUUUGAGCGGAGUGAGAGUCUGCUGAAGGAGGACAGCCUUGCCGUGGAGGCCAUCCGCCAGCGUCUGGCUGACCUGAAACAGCUGUGGAGCCGGAUAAUUGAAGAGACUGAAAAACGCCACGCCAGACUUGAGGAGGCCCACAAUGCCCAGAAGUACUACUUUGAUGCGGCCGAGGCUGAAGCCUGGAUGAGCGAGCAGGAGCUGUACAUGAUGUCUGAGGAAAAGGCCAAGGAUGAGCAGAGCGCUGUAGCCAUGCUGAAGAAGCACCAGAUUGUGGAGCAGUCAGUGGAGGACUAUGCUGAAACGGUCCAUCAACUCUCCAAGACCAGCAGAGGCCUGACAGCUGCAGGUCAUCCAGAAAGUGAGAGGAUUGGCAUGCGUCAGUCUCAGGUAGACAAGCUCUACGCCGGCAUGAAGGACCUGUCUGAAGAGAGGCGAGGCAAACUGGAUGAGAGGUUACGCUUGUUCCAGCUCAACCGUGAGGUUGAUGACUUGGAGCAGUGGAUUGCCGAGAGGGAAGUGGUGGCUGGAUCUCAUGAGCUGGGACAGGACUAUGAGCAUGUCACAAUGCUUCAGGAACGUUUCCGGGAGUUUGCCCGCGACACGGGCAACAUCGGACAGGAGCGUGUGGAUGCUGUCAACCGCAUGGCUGAUGAGCUGAUCAAUGCAGGCCAUGCCGAUGCCGCCACAGUGGCUGAGUGGAAGGAUGGCCUGAACGAGGCUUGGGCCGACCUCCUAGAACUCAUAGACACACGCACGCAGAUCCUAGCCGCUUCAUAUGAGCUGCACAAGUUCUACCAUGAUGCCAAGGAGAUUCUGGGCCGCAUCCUGGACAAACACAAGAAACUUCCAGAGGAGGUGGGCCGUGACCAGAACACAGUUGAGACACUGCAGCGGAUGCACACCACCUUUGAGCAUGACAUCCAGGCCCUGGGAACGCAGGUGAGGCAGUUGCAGGAGGAUGCAGUUCGUCUCCAGUCGGCCUAUGCUGGCGACAAGGCAGACGAUAUUCAACGGAGGGAGAGUGAAGUGCUGGAGGCCUGGAAGACCCUGCUGGAGGCCUGUGAUGGCCGCAGAGUCCACCUCCUGGACACAGGCGACAAGUUCCGCUUUUUCAGCAUGGUGCGCGACCUCAUGCUUUGGAUGGAGGAUGUUAUCCGUCUCAUUGAAGCCCAGGAGAAUCCAAGGGAUGUGUCCUCUGUAGAGUUGUUAAUGAACAACCACCAAGGCAUCAAGGCAGAGAUUGACGCCCGAAAUGACAACUUUACUGCUUGCAUUGAGCUGGGCAAGUCUCUGCUGGCCAGAAAGCACUAUGCAUCAGAGGAGAUCAAAGAUAAGUUACUACAACUAAUGGACAAAAGGAAAGACAUGAUUGACAAGUGGGAGGACCGACGGGAGUGGUUAAGACUGAUUUUGGAAGUUCAUCAGUUUGGGAGGGAUGCAGGGGUGGCAGAGGCAUGGCUGCUUGGACAGGAACCCUACCUAUUUGGCCGGGAAUUGGGGCAGAGUGUGGAUGAGGUGGAGAAACUAAUCAAGAGGCAUGAGGCAUUCGAGAAGUCGGCUGCAACUUGGGAGGAGCGAUUCUCAGCGCUCGAGAGGUUAACUACGUUGGAGUUAUUGGAAGUGAGAAGACAGCAAGAGGAAGAAGAGAGAAGAAAACCCCCAUCACCAGAGCCCUUGCCAAUGCAAGAAUCACCACCACAAAGUGGACUAGAGAAUGGACUGCAGAACGGACUGCCCUCGGACCAGGAUUCCCCACGGAAUUGUGUGAACGGAGUUGAGAUCAUGAAUGGAGUGGCAGAGCAAAACUCAAAGGAUCCAAGCCCCAUUCCCUCACCCACAGCCAGCCAGCGUGGCAAGGGAAGCAUUUCCUCUGCGUUACCAUCCAAGAACCAGGAUUCACCCACAGCUCAGUUGGAGGGUUUCUUGCACCGAAAGCAUGAGUGGGAGGGACACAAUAAGAAGGCAUCAAGCAGAUCCUGGCAUAAUGUGUACUGCGUUAUAAACAAUCAGGAAAUGGGCUUCUACAAAGACAACAAGGCUGCAGGCCAAGGCAUCCCUUACCACAACGAAAUUCCCAUCAGCUUAAUGGGGGCUGUGUGUGACGUGGCCAUGGAUUACAAGAAAAAGAAGCAUGUUUUCAAACUCAGAGUUACAGAUGGAAAUGAGUAUCUCUUCCAAGCCAAAGAUGAAGAGGAGAUGAGCACAUGGAUCCAGGCCAUUCUGAAUGCGGGGACACCUGACAAGAUAUCAAUUACGCCCAGCAACCAAAGCACUCCAGCAACUAGCCGAGCGCAGACCCUGCCCACUACUGUAACCCUCACCACUGAAUCUAGCCCUGGCAAGCGAGAGAAAGACAAGGAAAAGGACAAGGAGAAGCGAUUUAGCCUCUUUAGCAAGAAAAAACAAUAAAUGUUUUCAGUAAUGAAGACAUUCAGUUUUGUAGUAUUGUAUUAUUUCUUUCUGUUCUUUUUCAUUUUUGUCUGCCUAACCACAAUGAUAUUCCAGCUCAACUACACCACAUUUUGUGCCUAAUGUUCCUUGAAUUGGGUAGAAGCAAUCAAUGAGACUUAAAGUACAAAUAUUAAACUGUUAGUGUGUGCAGGUGUAUGGAGCAGGUUCUAUCGUAAAAAAUUAGUUGGUAGGAUCAGUGAGCACCUAUUUUUUUUUUUUGUUUUGUGAUUUUGUGUACUUUUUACUUGCCAUUGUAUUUUGUUAGGCUGGAAAACAAUCCAGUCAAGGGUUGUAGGCACUGCAGAUUUCAUAGGCAAUGUUUUUUCAUUGGCAGAGAUCCCAUUCAUGGUUCAUACUGCAUAGAUCAGCUCAAUCGGAAAUUGCCUUACAAAACUGCAAAGCUUAUAACCUGCGAUCUUAUUGAAUCCUGGUCCUAAUAUGGGUCUGAGUAUUUAAACAUUUCCUCAAUUUUGUGAGGGUGUCUUGAAGAGACGGCCUGCAUUCUCUUUUACUGUUGGAAAAGAGAGACAACAGUGUUUAAAAUAAUAUUCCUUUUUGUGACUGCACAUGCACAUUGAAAAAAUGUAAUCAAACAUUUCAACAUCAUUUACUAAGAUUCCUACUUGAGUUUAAACUUGAAACAAACAAGCCUCUGGAAAUUAUAGAUUCUGAAAGUACAAAGUCAGUAUUAACAAUAAGCGCAUGUCUAGUCAGAUAAAAAAGCCUAAAUACACACAUAAUUGAUGAUUGUCUUGAAAUUAAUUCCUCAUGGAAUAAUGUUUUAUAUAUACGAUGGACCAGUAUACAGUAUAUAUAUUAUUAUUAAUUUGUAUUAUUAUUAUUUACAUUUCUUUGUUAGUUUACUUGUGUCCCUCUUUAGUUGUUUAAUAAUGUUUCCAAAUAAUUAUAGUACAGAUUAUAAAAUCAGUAUGUAUAAUAAACACUUUAAAACAUUGAUGUUGAAUGGAAAUGUGGAAAUACAGCAUUUAUUGCAAAAAUGGUAAUCCUUGCUUGUCAGCUCUAGCACUGUGCAUUAUUAUUUUGCUACGUUGUCCUGCUAUUUGAUACAUAGUGUGCGACUCUUGUCACUAUCUAUUAAAUUGGAGAAAAACCAUCUUACUGCACAAUCAGAAAUUAUGUAAUAGGAAUGAAAUUCUUUGCAAUGUCUGGGUCUUUGGACAUAUACAGACCAUUGACCCGGCUUUCUGAUCUAUGAAACUGCACCUGUAGACCCUCUGACUCUUUCUGUUAAAUAUGUGGUAUGUCAUUAAAUGCUUUUAAACAUUA